AUGAACAAUGGAACUCCUCACAGUAUGGCACAGGAUGUCAUUCGUUGCAGCCUAUGUACCGAUGUCGUUGUCCAUCACUGCAACAGUUGUGCUGUUAAUCUCUGUAAACGUUGUGUGAGUAGACAUAUCGAAAAUAGCAAGGCUUCGAAGCAUGAAAUAUUGCCGUAUGCAUCACAGUCUGUCUUUUCAGAACCGGAAGAACAGAAAUGCAAGGAUCAUCCAAAACAAAUUUCUGAUCUAUACUGUCAGGAUUGUAACGUCUCUAUCUGUUCGCGGUGUCUGACGGGAAAUCAUAAACGACAUGGCGCAGUAGAUUUGGCGGAAAUUUACGAAACAACUCGGAGCACCAUAAAAGAAGAUUUACAAGAGUUGAGGCAUUUCAAACAUGAAUAUGAAAAAGUCGUGCAGAAAAUGGAAGGGAAACUUGCACAGUAUUUAACCGAGUGCGACAAAGAAAUAGAUUCCUUAAAAGAAAUAGGGAAAACAUGGCACCAGAUCAUUGAUGUUACCAUUAAUACUAUGAAAAAGAACGUCACUGAUAUGGGCGACGAAGACAUCAAAUGCUUGAAGGACGAUAUAGAGGAAAUUCAAAAAUCUCUACAAGAUAUAAUAGAUACUAUUCAGAAAAACGAAGAUCUUUUGAAAGACGACAAGACCUUCGACCUGUUGGAAUACGAGUCUAGGGUUGAUGAAUUACGACUUGUUCCGAACAGAAUAGAAAUAUCUCCACCGAAAGUAGUUCCGUCAGACGUCAAACACGAAGAUAUCAUUCUACAGCUUAUGUCUCUCAAACCUUCUAUUAAAUCCACACUACCUGGAUUUUCCAUCAGCAGAACAGGUGAGGUGUCUGCAGUAUCUGCACGAAUGUUACUUGAAGAACCAGAUUGUUUGGCUACUCUCAAAAUUGAUUGUACAAAGCUAAAAGGGAUUUUCUGCGAGUUUCCAGACAAGGCAUGGGUUUAUGGUGAUGAUGAGAAGCUGAGCCAGUUCGACAAGAAAGGCACACUGCUGAAAUGCAUCGACGCUAUUUCAGGAAAUAGUCAGAAAGAUAUCGCAUUAAACAACGAAAACGAAAUAGCUUUCUCACACAAAACGGAUGAAUGUGUAAAUGUAGUCAGAAACGGUCAUAUCGAGAAGUUAGUAAAUGUUGCUGGCUGGAUUCCAUAUGGCCUUUGCUUUAAUUCAGAAGGCGAUUUAAUGGUCUGCAUGCGCCGAAAUAGCUACAUCGAAAGUAAAGUUGGCAUAUUUUCCGAAGGUAGAAUGAAACAAGAAAUUCAGUUUGAUGACACUGGGAAGCCUCUAUUUUCAUCAAGUCGAAACAACAUGUAUAUCACUGAAAACGGAAACCGUGAUAUCUGUGUAUCUGACUGCAAUGCCUGCGCUGUCAUCGUGGUGAAGAAAUCUGGAGAAUUCCGUUUCCGUUAUACAGGAAACCAUUCCCGAAGCUACAAAGAGUUUUAUCCUCACGGGAUAGACACAGACAACUGUUGUCGAAUUCUCGUUGUGGAUCGCAAUAAUGAUUGCGUGCACGUGAUUGACCGGAACGGAAAGUUCUUGCGCUACAUCAACUGUACCCUGCGAGAUCCAUUCGUUAUAAGCGUUGACAGUAAUGAAAACCUUUGGGUUGGAGAAUGUGACACAGAAUGCAUUAAAGUAAUCAAGUAUCUGGACUGAUGUUUACGUUUGUAACAACGGUAAACCAUUCCUGCUUAAUGGCAGAAAUGUCAAUAAACAUUUUGUACCAAGUCAUGUAUAUCAUCAAAUAUUCCUCUUGCAACGCUUUAAAAAGACGAUAAGUAUUCGUUAAACGUCGCAGUUGAGUAUUUUAUCAACUCUUGCUGAUGUGCAUGAUGUACCAUUUCGUUGUGAUAUGAUAUGAUGUGAAGUGUACUGGAGUGGUUUUCUAUUCAAAACCGAGUUCUUCAGGAACCGAUUUCUAAGCUUUGAGACUGCCAUAUAUGAUCCAUGAUCAAUUUACAUAUAUUUAUUUAUUAUAGCAAUAUCUAUAACCUUAACCUUACGAAUGCUUGAUAACAGAGAGAUAGCCAUAUAUAAUUCUGAGGUUGUAGAGUGCUUGUUACUCGUUAUGUCGAGGUCAACUGCGCAGUAUGGGAAUCAAAAUACAAACGGUUUAUAAUAUUUUGGGUCCUCUCGUGAUUUCUUCUAUGAUAUAACAUAAGUGACUAAUUAAAAUACAGUCUUCUUGAUAUUAUCGGGUUUUUUUUUUCACAAUCACAAGUUUUGGAGGUUCCAUUUCUUGGAGGUUGUGAACAUCUUGACGCUUGGCUUCCUUAUAUGGCUCGGUACGUUUUCCGCGGGCCGAUCUUUCACGGGACAAUCAUCGAUCCAGUGUUCUAUGAAGCUCAACACCCUUUGUCUCUCAACCCUUUGAUUAGUAACAAGAUUUUCCUGCAAAAAGUUAAAACAAAGAAAUUUCACAGUUCAUCAAAUCAGCGCAGACACAAACAAGAACCAUACCCAACGGAAGGGAAACAUGCAACAGAUGCAAACUUUGUUUUUAUUUAUUCAAGUCGACUGCAUUGUUGACAACGCUGACAGUUCAUAAAACGAAUACUUAAACAGGAUAAUGCAAAAUAACAUCCGAGUAGUAAACAUAUCCAUGGUGCACUUAUUGAGUGUAAACAACAAAACUUGAUUUACAUUGGUGCUGUUGUAAACACCAUAUACGACGAUACUUCAGCUAUUCGAGAAGCUCGAAAAUACGGUAAAACUGCACCAAAAGCAUACGGUGGAGUACAACCAUUGGAAAAACGUGGAAACUCUGAGCUACAAGUAGAAAAAAGAAUAAAUAUGAUAUACAAGUUACAUGUGAUAUCUAAGUAAAGAUCUGACUAUAUUGAAAUGCAGGAAGCAAACAAGGCAUGCAGUUCGGGAGUAUCAGCCAGUAACAGUAGAUGAACUCAUGCACAACAAUAUUCAGCAAAACCCGGAUAUCAUCAGUCAAUCCGUAAUUGGAAUAUCGUUGUUGGGUUUUGGUGAAAGGUUUGAUGUAUAAUACUGAAUAUCAACAUUAAUAAAAAUAUAUUAGAAAAUUUCGGCGUGUUUGGAAGAUCCCUAUAUGAUUAAGACAAAGACCUGGUGGACACAAUUCAGAGAAAUAUCCUUAAAAAACAAAUUAAUAAUACCGCGAAAUUCAUGUAACUUUAAGAUGUCAAAUCGCGAAAACAGAAAUUCGCGAGUGAAGUGUUGAUCAAGAGUGUUUUAUAUUUCAACAUAUUUAAAACAUUGUAGUUUUGUGUGUGUGUGUGUGUGUGUGUGUGUGUGUGUGUGUGUGUGUGUGUGUGUGUGUUUUGUAUUUUAUAUAGCAAAAUAGAUUUACAAAAAGGGUAGAAUAAGUCACCUGUAACCAUAUAGAUCUACUAAAUUGACAAACUGUCCAUUCUUAACUAAAUCAACAGUUUUUUUUUUUUCUUAAAGUACUAUUACAGGUGACUUAAUGUACAGGUUUUAAAUGUUGAAAAAAAAAAUACCUGAAGACAAAAAGCAAUUUUUCCCUGGAAGUCAACAGUAAUGAUACAGCAAAAUUUAAAUUUAAUACACAUUUAUGCAUAAAUAUUAAACAUUUGUAUAUAAUUUUUCAACAAUACAUGUAUAUCCUCUUUGGAGAUGCGACAAAUCCAAUGCGAAAAGACACAUAUCCUGAUGCAUGACCAUUUCACAACAUACACACCACCCGCAUGGCACUCAUACAGAUAUAUUUUCUCUGAUUGCCAAUUAGAAGAGGUCAUUGAAAACAGCUAUCAAUAGUAUAGAAUAAACGCCGAAUGGGAACAGUCAUUUGACGUCAUUGAAUGAUGUAAUGUACAUUACAAUAAUCAUGUGGUCACUACUACUCAAAAUAAAUUCCAUCCAUAUUUGAUAUCUAAGUCAAUUGGGCGAAAAAUAUGAGUCAUCGUACCUAUACUGGAUUCCAAAACUUCGCUAAAACCAUUACAAACACAGAUAUAUUGCUGGAUCCAGUAAAUGUUCUACCAAGCUCCUAUCGUUGCUCCACACAGACGUAUUAAUAGCUUUGAAACGUCACACGUAUUGUACCACAACAUAUGCAAGAAGUGGUGUAAAUCAAAUGUGUACUCUAAAUAAUUUGAAAGAACUUUUAGUAAAUUUGAAAUCACAGAACUUUUCUCAUUUUGACUGCGGAUAACUCCGUUUACCUGAUCAGGAUAUGGGGCUCACGGCGGGUGUGACCGGUCAACAGGGGAUGCUUACUCCUCCUAGGCACCUGAUCCCACCUCUGGUGUGUCCAGGGGUCCGUGUUUGCCCAACUAUCUAUUUUGUAUUGCUUGUAGGAAUUAUGAGAUUGAUCACUGUUCGUUAUCUUCACCUUGCAUCAAUAUCAUCAAAACGUAUGACAUCUCGAAACUGCAUGACCAUUUCUCAUGAUGAAUUUAGACUGGCUUUUUGACAUCAUAAACAGAUGGUUUUCCAAUAACAAUGCAACACAAAAAUAUGCAUAUAUUGUCACCAAUCAUUCAAAGCGUUACUUAGUUAUACAUAACUCUAAUUGUACCCAGAAGUACCCUAAAGUUGAAAUUAAAAGAUAUUGGGAUUCCUAUUUAUGUAGUCUAUGUGAUCAAGUCUUCUAAUGGUAUGUUGGGAUUCCCAUGGGCAUGAACAGUGUUCCUUUAUUUGCGACCUGUUUUUGUAUUCUUACGAGGCAGAAUUUAUUCAAACGUUUCUACAGGAAAAGGAAACAUCUCUAGUUGUGGCCUUCAACUGAACAUUUAGAUAUAUCGACGACAUUUAUCUAUCAACAAUGUUUAUCUUUAGUCAUAUGUCAAUUCGAUUUAUUUUAGUGAACUUGGAAUUAAAAACACCAGAGAGUC